AUGGAGAAUGUAGAAGGUGGUGAAUCCCUCAGAAAGUGCAAACAGUCAUUGUGUCAAGCUGUGUUUUAUGCGUUUUGGUGUGUUCUCUCCACACAGAUUGAGAAGUUGCAAAAUCAAAUUGAAAAGGAGAAGCAAAGUAAUCAAGAUCUGGAGACCUUGAGUGAGGAGCUGAUAAAAGAUAAAGAGCAGCUGCAAGUCGUCAUGGAGACUCUAAAAGCUGACAAAGACAGACAGAUAAAGGACCUGAAACAAGAAAACGAUCACCUUAAUCAAGUGGUUUUGUCACUGAGACAAAGAUCUCAAGUGAGCAGUGAGGCAAGAGUAAAAGAUAUUGAAAAAGAGAACAAGAUCCUUCAUGAAACAGUUACAGAGACAAGUAGCAAACUGAGCAAGCUGGAAUUUGAGAAGAAACAAUUGCAAAAGGAUUUUGACCAGGUUAGAGAAAAAGUGGAAAGAGUGGAAGAAAUGGAAAAAGAGCUCCAUCGGCUGGAGAGGGAGAAUGAACAGCUUACAAAGAAGGCAGCAGUGAUGAAAAUAGUGACGGAAAAAGUGGAAGUUCUUGAGCAGGAGAAUGGGGAUCUGGAAGUGGAAAAUAGGAAGCUAAGAAAAUCCCUGGACACAUUGCAGAAUAUUUCCAUCCGGCUUGGUGACCUGGAAAGGGACAAUAAGCAAUUGGAUGAAGAAAAUCUGGAGCUUAGGAAAGUGGUGGAGACGAUGAGAUUUACCAGCACAAAAAUGGCACAGACAGAAGCAGAAAAUAAAGAGUUGGAGAGGGAGAAAGAGGACUUAAGAAGGAAUGUGGAAAUGUUAAAAGCAAUGAGCAAAAAAUCAGAGAGGCUGGAGCUAAGCUAUCAGAGUGUCAGCUCUGAAAACCAGAGACUUCAGCAAAUUGUGGAGAACAGCAGCAAAAAGAUACAGGAGUUAGAAAAAGAAGUACAGGGAAUGGAGAGUGACAAUCAGGUCCUCCAGAGAAACCUUGAGGAGCUAAAGGUUUCUGCCAAACGGCUAGAGAGAUUGGAAAAGGAGAACAAAGCCCUGGAACAAGAAAUAUCUCAGCUUGAGAAAGACAAAAAAAUGUUAGAGAAAGAAACAAAACGACUUUGGCAGCAAGUGGAGCUGAAAGAUGCUAUUUUGGAUGAUAGUACAGUAAAGUUGGCAGUUGCUGAGAAAGAAAACAAGACACUAGAAAAGGAAAUUGCUCGAUUCAGGGAUUCAUCUAACAAGCUGAAAGAAUUUGAAAAAGACAAUAAAGACCUCAUAAAGCAAGUUACAAUUGAUAAAAAAACACUAGCUACAUUGAGAGAGGAUUUGGUCCUGGAGAAGCUGAAGAGUCAACAGUUGUCUAGUGAGCUAGACAAAUUGAGCCAGGAACUGGAGAAGAUAGGAUUGAACAAAGAGCUGCUGCUACAGGAUGACAAUGGCAAUGACGACACAAAAUACAAGAUUCUGGAAAGCAAAACUGAAUCAGCACUAAAAACAACACUAGCUGUAAAAGAGGAAAAAAUUGCAAUGCUGGAAGCUCAAGUGAAAGACUCUCUGAACUUGAACCAGCAGUUACAGAAUGAUCUAAAUAUGGUAAAGAAGGACUUUGAUGCACUUAAGCAGACUCAACAGGAUGGACAGUAUGCUCAGAAGUCACUGAGGUAUACUACAGAGAAACUCAUUCCCAACCACCAAAUGACUGAGAAGCUGGAAACAGGGCACCAGGAAGCUACUAUGGAGCUGCUGAAACUGAAGGAUAGGGCAAUUGAACUGGAAAGGAAUAAUGCAGCUCUACAUACUGAGAAGCAGCUGCUUAAAGAACAGCUGAAGCAUUUGGAAACACAGAAUGUCUCCUUCAACAAUCAGAUCCUGACACUGCAGAAGCAAAAUGUCUUCCUUCAGGAGCACAACACUGCCCUGCAGACACAGACAGCCAAACUCCAGGUAGAAAAUUCAACUCUCAGCUCCCAGAGUUCUUCACUGAUGGCCCAGAAUACUUUACUCCAAAAUCAGCAGACAGCAAAGGAGAAUGAGAAUGAAAAUCUACUGAAACAGAAGGAGCAGCUGAAAGCUGAGUACGAGUCAUUGCUUCAGGACCAUGAACACCUUGCUUCACUACAUGAACGGCAGUCUGCAGAAUAUGAAGUGCUAAUAAAUCAGCACAGCUGCCUGAAAACAUUGCACAAAAACCUGGACCUGGAGCACAAAGGUCUUGGUGAGAGAUACAACAGUUUAAUGAAACACAAGGCAGAACUGGAAGAGUUGGAAAUAGUUUUAAAAUCCGAAAGAGAGAUUCUGCAACAAGAGAGGAGAUCAAAUGCAGUAACUGCUGGGGAAAACCAGAAGCUGAGGGAGGAACUGGACAGGGUGAAUUUCUUUCACAGCCAACUAAAGGCAGAAUAUGAAGGUCUACAUGCACACACUAAAGAGCUGAAAACUUCCUUGAACAACUCUCAACUGGAGCUGAAUCGUUGGCAGGCUCGCUAUGAUGAGCUGAAAGAACAGCACCAGUCCAUGGAUAUCUCUCUGACCAAGCUGGAUAACCACUGUGAGCUGCUGUCCCGUCUAAAAGGAAAUCUGGAAGAAGAAAACCAUCAUCUCCUGAGUCAGAUUCAGAUGCUGAGCCAGCAGAAUCAGAUGUUACUGGAGCAAAACAUGGAGAACAAGGAGCAGUAUCAUGAAGAACAGAAACAAUACAUUGAUAAAUUGAAUGCCUUAAGGAGACACAAGGAAAAACUUGAAGAAAAGAUAAUGGAUCAGUACAAGUUUUAUGAUCCUACUCCAAAAAAGAAAAACCAUUGGAUUGGAGCCAGAGCCUUAGUCAAACUAAUCAAGCCAAAGAAGGAGACUACAAGGGAGCGGUUGAAACCAGCAGCAGAAAGCCCUCAAUGGCAUUCUGAAUCCGCAGAGACUGUAAACUCUCCAUCUGCCUCCCAAAAACUGAAACAUCAACAAGAGACUCAGGAUAGUAACUCUCAAGGGUCAAACUCUAUGGAAGAGAGAGAGAACCCUGGAGGUUCUUCAAACAAAGUGAUAAUGGACCUAAAGCAAAAGAGGAAUUCCCAUCAUGGAAGCAGCAAUGAUUAUGUUGAAAUUGCAUCAGACUCUGCGACAAAACACUCCUGUGUGGAGCUGAGUCCCAGGACUUACUCAACCUCAGCUAUUCAUCUACAAACUUCCACUCCCAUCUCCAGGCUGCAGAGCAGACCAAAAGGCUAUAAUUCAGAAGAUAAUCUAUGUGAACAGUCCCCUGAGGUGGAGUUUCCAAGCACCAGACAGCACGUCUCCAGGCCAAACAGUUUAGAGAGCAGCAGAAACGCUUCCAGCAGUAGUUCACCUCUCAAUUUGAAAGGUUCCUUAGAUCAUAUCCAUGGUAGAACCGAGAGCCUCAGUAGUGAAGAUACAGUGCCAAGCCGAGAGACACCAGCCUUGCUCCGUGACAACUAUCCCUUUCACUCUGCUUCCACUGUCUUAAACCCUAGCAGCAGGCAUGAAUCCUCCUCCCACAGGAAUGGUUUGAUCUCAUAUGAUAUACCUCAGAAAAGUACUCCAUCCCAGUCUUACUCAGGUAGACAACGGUCUGCUUCACCUGGCAGUGAGAUGGUAACUUUGGAAGAGUUCUUGGAAGAGAGCAACAGACUGUCCCCACCAAGUGACACCUGCAGUAACAGAGAUGACUUGCUCAGCGAUUACUUUAAGAAAACAAAUGAGCCUUCAGCUACUGGGAACCUGCUGGUUCAGCCAUCCAGAAAGGAGAGUGCUAAGACGCCUGGUAGUCUUGUUGCUGCAACUGGAAAGAUAACCAUCACCAAUGAAGAAGGAAGAAUGGCUAAGCCUGGAAAUUACACAAAGCCAAACCUUAGACAAGUCGAACCUGACCCUCUGACAAACUCCCAGGGGUCCCUUAAACUUUUUCACACAGCACAGCACCAGCCUGCCAGUGGAAUGCGGCAGAUGGCGCAGCCGCAGCAGCCCGGAACCACGAGCAGGAGAAGUACAUCACUGAGCAGGGCAUUUAGCUUAGCAUCUGCAGACCUCCUCAGAGCCACUGGCCCAGAGGCCUACAGGCAAGAGAGUCCUCAGAAGUCAGCAACAGACCAGCGUGGGGGCAAGGACGCUGUUAGUCAGACAGCUAGAGCUUCAGUGCCAACAAACUCCCAGGUAACCUUAAGAGAGAGGCCACAGUCUGCCAAGGUGGGAGGUUCCUUGCAAGGUGUUGAUUCUCACUGUUGGCAGCUUGAUGCGAGGCGCCAUUCCCUGGCCCCACCAAAAGAUGAGAGGCCACUCUCUUUCCAUCAGCUCUCUGCCUCACCCACUGCAUCCACCAGCAAUCUGCAUGUCCAGCAGCAAGAGCGCAUGAACUCUGGGCAGCACUACUCACCUCCAUCACACACUCCCUCUAAAGUGAAACCCAAGCCAGCCCCUCGUACUGGGGAGGUGGCCACCGUGGCCCCUGCCAGACCUGUUUCCAGCAGCACUGAGGGAAGUAUUUCCCUAGGGCAAAGCCAGAGUGAUGCCCUACUUGGCAAGUGCCAGGGUAAGCUGCCAGAAGGCAGUGCUGGAGCUAUGGAGGAGCCCAUGAGAGGAAGCAGCUCCAACAGCACUACUGGGUCUCCAGACCCCCAGGGGGAUCAGCAGACAGUUUGGUAUGAGUACGGGUGUGUGUAA